CCGAGCAGCCUCGCAGUCCGCGCCCGAGUGACGGCGCGGUCUGAGGUCCGCCACUGCGUCACAGCCACGCGCACUGCGUCACAGCCACGUGCACUGCGUCACAGCCACGCGCACUGCGUCACAGCCAGCGCGACCCGGCGUGCAGUUCGCGGUGUCGGACACCAGACGGCGCUGUGCGUGGACGCGGGUCACGUGAUCUACAGAUCUCGCGGCCAUCGCGGGCCGUCGAGACGCGGCUAUCAGCGCCCCGGGGGUCGUCGCUUAUCGCGAGAGGCGCUGCCCCGCGGCCUCGCUUCUGAUUCACGGCCAGGACCAAGUCGCCCAAGUCCAGAAGGAUACCGUUAACGAGUGUAAAGUGUGGCGAUGGAAGAGAUGAUGUGUAAAGAGGCUGAGGUCAGACCGUGGUCCAGCAGCAGGAAGCUGCCCCAGUACCUGGCUGCUUUCUCAGCGUCGCUGAUGUCGUUCAGCGGAGGCACGUGCCUCGCCUGGGCGUCGCCCGCCACGCCCCUGCUGCAGGCAGCGGGGGAGCUGACGGCCGCCCAGGCCUCCUGGGCGGGGUCCCUGCUGCCGCUGGGAGCGGCGCUGGGGGCGCCCGUGUCCGGCUGGCUGCUGCCACGACGAGGUCCCAGGGGGACUCUGCUGCUGCUGGGAGCGCCCUUCGCCCUGGGGUACGUGGUGCUGCUGGCCCUGCACGCCCACCCUGCGUGCAUGUACGCCGCGAGGCUCCUGUCAGGGGCCGCCCUGGGCGGGCUGUGCGUCGCCACUCCCGUCUACCUCGCCGAGAUCUCCGAGGACUCCGUGCGUGGCGGCCUGGGCUCCUUCCUGCAGCUCAUGUUCAGCAGCGGCAUCCUCUUCGUGUACCUGCUGGGUCUGGCGGACAGCUACGUCCUGCUGGCGGCGUGCUGCCUCGCGGUGCCUCUCGCCUCCACGGCGGUGCUGUUCUGGAUGCCCGAGUCCCCGGUCCACCUGCUCGCGAGGAACCGCCGGCAGGAGGCGACGGAGUCCCUGCGGUGGCUGCGCGGGGGUCGUCCCGACCUGGCGGGCGAGCUGCAGUCCCUCCAGGCCGGCCGGGAGGAGGGAACCUGGAGGGACCUGGUGUCCUGCCCCAGCGCGAGGAAGGCCCUGGGCAUCUCCCUGGGCCUGGUGGCCUUCCAGCAGCUGAGCGGCAUCUGCGCCGUUCUGUUCUACGCCGAGAGGAUCUUCCUGGAGGCGGGCAGCCCGAUGUCACCGGGGGCGUGCUCCGCUGUCACGGGCGCCGUCAUGGUGGUGGGGUCGUGUCUCGGGUCGCUCCUCGCGGACCGCCUGGGGCGCAGGGUCCUGCUUCUCUGGUCGGGCUGCCUCCUGACCCUCACCUCGGGGCUGCUCGGGGGCCACUUCCUGCUGAUGGAGGUGUCGCUCUCGCGCCUGACGCUGGCCUGGGCGCCGCUCCUCGGCUCCGCCGUCUACAUGGUCGCCUACUGCGUCGGCCUCGGGCCCCUGCCGUGGGUCGUCAUGGCCGAGGUGCUGCCGCCCCGCGCCAAGGGCCUCGCGGGGUCCGUCUGCUCCUCCUUCUGCUGGCUGCUGUCCUUCCUCGUCGCCAAGUCCUUCCAGGACCUCAAGGACGCGGCCGGCACCCACCUCGCCUUCUGGGUCUUCUGCUUCUGCUGCUUCGUCAGCGUCCUGUUCGUCCACUUCGUCGUGCCGGAGACCAAGGGCAAGUCCCUCCGACUCAUACAGGAAGAAAUGACAAUCAAGUAGAGAGAGCGGUGUUACUUACAUUCUUCUACUCUUUCCUGUUCAUUGGGUACAAUGUCAUCGACACAUGAACAUUAUUGAUUCCUACUUGACCCUACUCUCAAAAAUACUUUCGGUUUAGUUUUUUUUUUCAUAUUUCAUGUAAUUUGAUAUGACAAACCAUGAUUAUUGAUAAAAUGGAAAAAAAAAUUCAAAUGGGGAGAGAAAACUAUGAUCUGUAUUUUCCUGUCACUAUCUAAUUUAAUUAAUUUUCCAUGUCAACAACAUUUGUGUUUAACACAAAAUUUCUUCAUUAAUCGGCAUAGUUCUAUAAACAUUGUUAUUCAUCUGUCACCAGUUAAUUGACAAUAUUUAAGAAAAAAAUAAAUAUUAUGUAAAUCAGGCA